GCCUUAGAUCCUGCUUAGAUCAUACAAUAUUAUUAUUCAUGCAUGAUAGCAUGAUAUAAACAACAUAGUAAUAUAGAAUGAUCGGAAAAGUCCAGAUUUUGUCCAAGGCCGCGCAGUCCGUCACCCACUUACCCGUAUUAUCAUAUUGAUCAUUAAAUUAUUAUUAUUAUAAUACUAUACACUACGGCAUGCGCUUAUCGAAAGGUACUGUCAAAAAGUUACGAUCAUUCCUUGUUUUUAUAUCAUGCAUUAGUAUAAUGGUGAUCAUGACGUAUACUAUGCAUAGACAAAAGUUUAUAAAUUUAUCCAAGGCUUUAGAAAGACCCAUUGGGUAAUAUUGCCCUAUGGAAAGACCGCACCACCCACCCGCAUCCCAAACCGUUGUUACGUAUUUCCGUCCAUUAGUAUAGGUCCAUCGUGAUAAGGUCUGAAGUUCAAUAUUAUUAUCAUUAUUUAUUGUUAUUAUUGUGAUUUCGCGCCAAUUUGUUCGCCACGGCCACACAUAAUAGAAAUUCGCUAUACUAAACCGGUGUAUAAUAUUGCUCUAUGAUGCAUAUUGCAUUUCUGCCUCAGUAUUCAGUUCAAUAUUUCAGUUGCGAUUUAUAAACUAAAGGUUUACACCUUAUUUUAUAAUAGUUGAUAUUAACUUACUACAAUAGUUUCUAUUUGUCUGCUGUUACUGAAAGUGAGUGGUAGAGAACAAUUAUCAAUUAACGUCAGUCAAAUUCCUUUAUCUUAACUAGUAUAGACUAUAGACUUCUGAUUUCUAUACCUACUGCAAUCUCACCGACAUUGGUGACAUUCGUCAUUUCGUUUUAUGUAAAUCCAGUUCAAAGAUAACCUUUCCUGCGUCUUGUUGUCGCCUAGGGUGAUUUAACAAAAUGACAAAGUCUGGUAUGAGGGGCGCAUUAAUUGUUUUGGAAGGCUGUGAUAGAUCAGGAAAAACAACCCAAUGUGCAAAAUUAGUUGAAGCUUUAAAUAGUAUGAAAAUACCAGCUAAAAAGAUAUCUUUCCCAGAUCGAUCUACUCCUAUUGGUUCACUAAUCAAUGAUUAUUUAUCAAGAAAAAUUGAGUUACCAGAUCGAUCAGUACAUUUAUUAUUCAGUGCUAACCGUUGGGAACUAGAACCAGAAAUUCGUAAGCAAAUUGAGUCUGGUGUAACAUUAAUUGUGGAUCGGUAUUCAUAUUCUGGUGUAGUUUUUACAAGUGCCAAAGAAUGCAUGGAUUUCAAAUGGUGUUGUGGACCAGAAAAUGGUUUACCAAAGCCAGAUAUAGUGAUGUUUUUAAAAUUAUCAACUGGUGAAAUGGCUAAAAGAUCUGGUUUUGGUGAUGAAAGAUAUGAAAAUAUUGAAUUCCAAAAUAGAGUCGAUAUCAAUUAUGAUAAAUUUAAAAAUGAUAAUUUUAUUCAAGUAGAUGCAGCUCAAGAUGUGUCUAUCUUAACAGACACUCUUUUAGGGCAAGUUUUAAAAACAAUAGACACUGUUAAGAACCAAGAGUUAGACGAUUUAGUUUUACAAUAAAACAAAGUUACCAAUGAUGAUAUUAUAGAACUAGUUAAUGUUUUAUAUUUUAAAUCAGUUUAUGAAUUUAUUCUCUUUCUAAAAUAAUCAUCAUUACCCUUAAUUAUGUUUUUCAAAAUGUGUAUAAUUAAAUAUUGUCAAUAAAUUUUAAGUCACUUUUAUUUAGUUUAAGCUUUUAUAAAUGAUGUUAAUAUAUUAUCUACCUGGCUUUAAUUUUAUUAUUAUUAAAAUUCAUAAGUUAUCUUUAAAAUAAUUUUGGGUAAAUGAGUAAGGUAUCUAUUGCUUUUAUUUUAAAACAAGUAUUUUAUACAUAAUAUUGAAUAUUUAUUUGGUGACAUACCUAAUAUAAUAUUAUAUAAUGCACUAA